AUGCGUGUUGCUGUGAUUGGUGCUGGGCCCGGAGGCCUGGCAGCUGCAAAAUACUUGCAUGCCGAGAAUGCAUUCUCUGCUAUCUCAAUUUUUGAGCAACGCGAUGAAGCCGGCGGGGUUUGGUGCUAUACCGCUCACAACGCCGUAGACGAGAGCUUUGCUAUUCCUCACACAACACCCCAGACAACGCCGGACACGCCUGUUUCUACGAAGAAAGAAGCAAGUUCUGAGAAUGUGGUGUUUCAAUCACCGGUAUAUGAUCUCCUGGAGACAAAUAUUCCCCACACUUUGAUGAACUAUUCGGAUUGGAAAUUUCCCACGGGGACAUCUUUGUUUCCCUCGCAUCAAACCGUCAAGGAGUAUUUGCAAGACUAUGCAAAGACCUUGCUCCCGUCUAUCUCGUUUCACACUCAAGUUGUCGAUGUCAAGCCUCUCGACGAAAGCAAUAAAGACUCUGGUUGGGUUCUCUCUGCUCUCGAUCUUCGGACUAAGGAAGUUUCAACUCAUGAGUUUGAUUAUGUUGUGGUUGCCAAUGGUCAUUACAGUGAUCCCUAUGUCCCAGACAUUGCCGGUAUUCGAGAAUGGAGUCAGGCGUAUCCUGAUUCGGUAUCGCAUUCAAAAUAUUACCGUCGGGCGGAGCAAUACGCAAACAAAAAAGUCAUCGUUGUAGGAAACUCAGCUUCAGGAAUUGACGUGAGUGUCCAAAUUGCCACUGUAGCGCAACGCCCGCUUCUGGUGUCAGAGCGGACUGGAUCCCCACCAUAUCUAAACGACAAUCCAAAUAUCAGAAUUGUACCUGAGAUUGCCGAGUUUCUCAUUGUGGAUCGCGCAGUUCGUUUCAUAGAUGGUCACGUCGAAAAAAAUGUUGACCAUGUAUUACUCUGCACGGGCUAUCUCUAUUCAUUUCCUUUCCUACCCUCAUUACUGCCACCGGCGGUGACCCCAGAUGGGAAUCGCCCUUCCAACUUGUUCCAGCACAUCUUUUACUACCCUCGACCAACACUGACAUUCAUUGGACUGCCGCAAAAAAUAAUCCCUUUCCCGUUAUCCGAGGCACAGGCCGCAGUCAUAGCACGGGUGUAUUCCGGACGGUUGCAACUUCCCUCCCUGUCGGAAAUGAAGGAGUGGGAGACCAACUGGAUUGCGAAGCAUGGCCCAGGAAAAAGUUUCAACGUGCUUGGGUAUCCUCUUGAUGCCGAAUACCUGAAUAGCCUUCACGAUUGGAGCUUGAGAGCAACAAAACGAGAUGGGUUGAGUAACAACGGUCGCGGGAAGAACCCACCAUAUUGGAAUGAAAAGGACCAGUGGUUACGGAAAUUGACACCCAUGAUAAAGGCUGCAUCGCAGGCUCUUGGAAGCAAGAGACGCGAAAUUACUGUUUUGGAAGAACUGGGUUUCGUUUAUGAUGAAAAUGAGAACGAAAGUGACGCAAAGUCCAAAAUCUAG